UCACGUGAGCCCGGCGGGCUGCGGUCACGUGGGGGCGGCGAUGGCGGCGGCUCCGGGCGGGGAGAGCGAGAAGGGCCGGGGGGGAGGCGGGGCCACGUCGGAUCAAAUCCUGCAGACGGGAGCGGUUCUGCUGCAGGGGUUCAUCCGGGACCGGGUCCAGCGCUGCGGGGACUCCCAGGCUGUGGAGCUGAGCCGGGCAGAGCUGGGGGGGCCGGAGCCCCCCCUCUGCGAUGAGAACACCAAGCGGCUCAGCGAGUGCCUGCGGCGGAUCGGGGACGAGCUCGACAGCAACGCCGAGCUGCAGAGUAUGAUUGACCGGGUGGGGGCCCACGCCCCCAAGGAAGUCUUCUUCCGCGUGGCCGCCGAGAUGUUCUCCGACGGGACCUUCAACUGGGGCCGGGUCGUGGCGCUUUUCUACUUCGCCUGCAAGCUGGUGCUCAAGGCUCUGUGCACCAAGGUCCCCGAGCUGGUACGGACCAUCGUGGGCUGGACGUUGGAGUACCUCCGGGAUCAUGUGCUGGCCUGGAUCCAGGCCCAGGGAGGAUGGGACGGCCUCCUCUCCUACUUCGGCACACCCACCUGGCAGACCAUCACCAUCUUCGCCGCCGGCGUGCUCACCGCCUCCCUCACCAUCUGGAAGAUGUCGUAGGGCGGGGUUGGGGUGUGCUCCGCGGCACCCCACGUCUGGCCGGACUGCGCUGGGCUCCCCGGGGGCUGGCUCCCCUCGUCCAGCCUCGCUCCCUCCCCAAUUCUCGGUGCCUUGUGCUCAACUCGGAACAAACCUCUCGGGACCCCGCGCUGCGCCUCCCGGCUGGGGACCGACGUCGGGGGACACGGCCGCUCCGUGGGGCGGGACGCCCUCCUGCAUCUGGGCAGAGACUUGAGAGGCCUUGAGCUCCACCCGGGGCUGGUCGGCGUUUCACUUCCUGACGGGCUGGCUGCCUGCGGGAAUCCUGAGCCGAGGUCGCGAGGGCCAGAGCCGGUUCCGGGGGCCGAACUCAGGCCGAGGUCUCCGGGGCUGGAUCUGGUUCUGGCACCGGGGGCCAAACUCGGGCUGAGGUCGGGGGGACCGGAGCCGGUUCUGGCACCGGGGGCCGAACUCGGGCCGAGGUCGUGGGGGGCCGGAGACAGUUCCGGGGACCGAGGUCGUGGGGUUCCGGAGCCGGUUCCGGCACCGGGGGCUGAACUCAGGCUGAGGUCGCGGGGGGCCAGAGCCAGCACCGGGGGCCGAGGUCGCGGGGGGCCAGAGCCGGCACCAGGGGCCGAGGUCGGGGGGAUCCGGAGCCGGUUCCGACACCGGGGGCCGAACUCGAGCCGAGGUCGCGGGGUUCCGGAGCCGGUUCCGGGGGCCAAACUCGGGCCGAGGUCUGGGGGAUCCGGAGCCGGUUCCGGCACCGGGGGCCAAACUCGGGCUGAGGUCGGGGGGAUCUGGAGCUGGUUCCGGGGGCCGAACUCGGGCCGAGGUCUGGGGCUGAUUCCCCCGGCGAGAUCCGUUCUGCGGGGAGCUCAGUGGGGCAGGCUCAGGCCUGGCUGCCCGUGACCUGGCAGACUCGGUUUCCUUCCCUGAAGCACCCAGCGGGGGCCCCCCUCUUCCGA